AUGAUAUUGAAAUAUUUAGGCAGCAUUUUGCCAUCGAAUGAUGGAGAAAAUCGUGUAGUAGGGAUCGUUUGGUCUCCAAACAAUUUGAAACUUGCCGUUGCGUUAACAGAUCGUUAUAUUUAUUUAUUUGAUGAAUUAGGUAAUAAAAAAGACCGUUUUUCUACGAAACCUGUUGAUUCUAAGUUUGGGAAAAAAAGUUACAUGAUUAAAGCAAUAGCGUUCUCGCCAGACUCCACUAAAAUUGCCGUAGGACAAACAGAUAAUAUUGUUUAUGUGUAUAAAAUAGGAGAAAAUUGGGGUGAAAAAAAAGUAAUCAGCAAUAAAUUUAUUCAAAGUGCUGCAGUAACUUGUCUAAUAUGGCCAACAGAUGGGCCAAUAAUUGUUGGUUUAGCUGAUGGAAAAGUUCGUGUAGCAAUUUUAAAAGCUCACAAAACACAAACACUUUACAGUGCUGAUGCAAUGACAAUUGCUUUAGCAGCCAAUGAACGGAAAACAGCAUUUCUAUCUAGUCAUGCUGAUGGAAGUAUAAUUCGUUAUUAUUUAAAAAAUGAAGGAAAUGUUGAACCCUCAGGUAGAAUUUUAACUCACGGAAUUCCAGCUUAUGCACUAGCUUGGUCACAAGGUCAUAUUUGUGCUGGAGGAUGUGAUAAAAAAGUUGUUUUUUAUAAUUCCCAUGGCAAAGUAGAAAAAAUAUUUGAUUAUUCUCGUGAUAUUAAUGACAAAGAAAUUUCUAUAGCUUGUUGUAGUCCAAGUGGACAAAGUAUUGCAGUUGGUUCUUGGAAUAAAAUUCGUAUAAUAGACUGGAGCCCUCGAAGAUCAGCUUGGGAAGAAACUACUAGUAAAAUAUUACUAAACUUUCAUACAUUGACGGCUAUGGCGUGGCGAAGAGAUGGCUCAAGAUUAGUCGUUGGAGGUCUUUGUGGUGCUGUUGAACAAUUUGAAACAGUUUUAAAACGUGCUGUGGUGCGUGGGAGUCAUGAAAUAGCUUACGUUGGACCUAGUCAAGUAGUUGUUAGAUCUUUGAAUGGAACAAGCCGUCCAGUUAGUAUAAAAUCUUCUACUGGAAGUGAAAUAGAAGAUGUUAAAAUUCUUGGAAGACAAGAUAAUUACGUAAUUGCUAGAACUAAUUCAACAUUAUUAAUUAGUGAUAUUGAACUAAAUCUUAUAAGUGAAAUACCUUGGAAUGAAAAAUGUGGAUUAGAAAAAUUUUUUUUUGAAUAUCCAGGUGUCUGUUUAAUAUUUUGUACAGGAGAAUUAUCAAUAGUUGAGUAUGGAAAAAAUGAAAUACUUGGGUCUGUAAGAACUGAAGCAGUAAAUCCUCAUGUCGUUAGUGUUAGAGUAAACGAACGUCAAACCGCACGAGCACCUGAUAAUAAACGAUUAGCAUAUCUUUUAGAUUCUCGGACGGUCAGAAUAAUGGAUUUAAUUACUGGAACAACAAUAAGUAUUAUUGGGCAUGAUGCAAAAAUAGAUUGGUUAGAACUAAGUGAAACUGGUCAUCGUCUUCUAUCUAGAGAUAAGAAAGGACGACUUUGGCUUUGUGAUGAUAAAGGAGGUCGAACUUUACUUUUAACAGGAACUGGUUUUGCUUCAUGGGUACCUGGUAGUGAUGUAGCACUUGCUCAAACUGGUCAAAAACUUGCAGUUUGGUAUAAUGUUGAUGCUCCAGAGGCUACAACUAUUAUUUCAAUACAUGGGGAUGCUGUGGAUAUUGAAAGAAAUAACAAAAAAACUAUUGUAAUUGUUGAAGAAUCCGGCUCACGCGUAAACUAUUUUCUAGAUGAAGGACUCAUAGAAUUUGGUACUGCUUUACAUGACAAUGAUUUUGGUCGUGUUAUUUUAUUUCUAGAAGAAUUAGGAGAUAGACCAGAAGGGGAAGUAAUGUGGGAAAAUGUAGCACAAAAUGCAAUGGAAGAAAGAAAAUUUUUAAUUGCUGCAAGAUGUUAUGCUGCAUUAGGAGAUGUUGCUUAUUCUAAUUUACUUGAAAAUAUUGUUAAUAUUGAUGAAGAAUUUGCUAAAGAAACAGGAAAUAACUAUUUAACAUCUCCUGAUUCUUGGGCAAAACUAGCAAUCCUCAAUGGAGAAUUAAAAACAGCUGAAGCUAUUUAUUUAGAACAAAAUGAAUUAAAUAAAGCAUUAAAGAUGUAUCAAAAAUAUUGGCAUUGGGAGGAAGCAAUGGAGUUGGCAGAAAGUAGAGAUUGGUCUGAAUUAGAAAAAUUAAAAGAGAAACAUCUUAAUUGGUUACUUAAUAGUGGACAAACAUCAAGAGCAGCUGCAAUCAUAGAAAAUUAUGAUCCCCAAAAAGCGAUCAAACUAUAUCUUGAUGCUGGAAGAGCAGGUCGUGCUGGAAGACUUUUAUUAAGAAAUGAAGUACUUUUAGAAGACGAAGUAAUAACUCAAAAGGUCAUUAAAGGAUUAAAAUUAGCUGAUUUAACAGAAUUAGCUGGAGAAAUUUUAGAAAGAAUAGAUCAUUUUACAGAUGCUAUUGAAUGCUAUAAAAACGCUGGAGUUUAUACACGAGCAUUAGAUUUAGCAAGAUCAUUUGAUCCAGAUUCUGUUAUUGAUAUUGAGAAAGAAUGGGGUUACUGCUUAGCUAACAAUGGAAAUCACGAUGCAGCUAUAAAUCAUUUUAUUGAAGCAGGAGAAACUGCAUUAGCUCUUAAUUCAGCAAUUAAUGCACGUCAAUGGAGAAAAGCUCUUGAAAUCGUUGAAGUUAUUGAUGAUGAUAAUCUACAAAUUCAACAAAAAUGUGCUAAACUCGGUGAAUACUUUGCAUCUAUUGGAGAUUCUAAUUUAGCUGAAAAAUUAUUUCUUCGUGCUAAAAAUCCAAAAGCUGCAAUUGAUAUUCAUGUAAGAGCUAAUAAUUGGUCAAGAGCAUAUGAAGUGGCAACAAAAUAUAUGAGCUCUGAAGAAGCAGUUAAAAUACUAUUAAGUCAUGCUGAAAAAUUACAAGAAAGUGGAAAUUUACGUUCUGCCGAAGCACUUUAUGUAGCUAUCGGAGAGUAUGAUGCGGCUAUAGCUAUGUAUAGACGUGUAGGACAUCGUCAAGAUAUGAUUAGAUUAGUGGCUGAAUAUAGACCAGAUUUAUUAAAAACAACUCAUGCAUUUUUAGCGAGAGAGUUAGCGGCAGCAGGUAAAGCUCGUGAUGCUGAAGAACAUUUUCUUGGAGCUGAUGAUUGGAGAGGUGCUGUCAGUGUUUAUAAAAAUGCAAAUAUGUGGGACGAUGCUUUGAGAGUUGCUAAACAAGCAUCAGGAGAUAAAGCAGCUCAACAAGUAGCUCUUAUGUGGGCUAGAACUCUAGCUCCAGAAUUGGGAGCUAAAUUGUUAAUGCGUUUAAAUUAUUUCAACCAAUGUAUUCAAAUGGCAAGUGAAGCCGGUUUUUUUAAGUGGGCAUUAGAAGCAGUAAAAUAUGGAACUACUGAGCUACAAAAUGAAGUACAUUAUAAGUAUGCAAUGGCUUUAGAAGAUGAAGGAAAAUUUCAAGAAGCAGAAAAAGAGUUUAUUCGAGCCGGCAAAGCAAAAGAAGCUGUACAAAUGUAUAUACACAUGAGAGAUUGGGAUGCAGCUGAGGAAGUAGCUCAGGCUAUAAGUCAAGAAGCCAUGGCACAGGUUCUUAUUGCUAGAGCAGCUGAAGCUGCCGAAAAUAAAGACUAUGCAUUCGCUGAAUCACUUUUAUUGCGAGCACACAAACCAAAUAUCAUCAUUGAGCAUUAUAAGAAUGCUGGUAUGUGGUCUGAAGCAAUGCGUGUUUGUAGAGAGUACUUACCAAGUCAAGAAGCAGCUUUACGUCGUGAGUUAACACAAAAAAGCAUUGGGAAUGAUAGCACACGAACUUUGGAAGAAGCUGGACGUUGGUUAAAAGUUGGUGAAAUCCGUACAGCAUUAGAUAUUCUAAUUUCAGAUGCAUCUCAUUCAGCUCUUAUACAAGCAGCUGACAUUGUGCUCAAUCAAUCUGAUCCAGAUACCGCUUCACAAGUUGCUACAGAAUUAGGAACUAAAUUAGCUAGUCAUGAAGAACAUGCUUUAGCGGCACAAGUUUAUCUUCAAGGAGAUAAGCUCAAAGCAGCUGUUAGUACUUUAAUUGCAAUUGGAGACUGGAUGAGAGCCAGAAGAAUUGUAAAAGAACUUGCACCAGAAUUAGAAUCAUAUUUAGAAGACAAAUAUCGUGACAGUACCAUUCGAGGUAAUAAUUCUAUUGAAAUGAUAGAUAAUGAUCAAGUAAUUGAUAAUAACGAUAGAUCAUUAGAUACUUUGGUUCGUGAAGGCCAAUGGAUACAAGUAUUUGAAAUAGUGAGUAAUCAAAGUCCUGAUUUACUUCAUAAAUAUGUUGCUCAAAGAGCUGCUCAACUUCUAAAAUCGGGAACUCCUGAACCUGCUCUUCAACUUUAUUCUCAAUAUGGAGCUCCUCCAGUUUCUCAAUAUUAUAAUUUAUAUUAUAGACUUUCAGAAAUGAUUUUAAAUUUAUACGAUGAUUCGUUUACAGUUUGUUACAAUCGUUUAUCACAAUUACGAACGUUCCUUUAUAAUUUAACGAAAAAAAUUGACAGCUCUUCGGAGAUUAAUAAAAAAUUUGAUCGACUUCUUCAAGCAACUCAUUACAGUGCUCUCAAAUAUGCUUGUCAACAGUUUUCAAAUCUUUCUAGUUUGGUUGUGAAAAUUUCAGUAUCUCUUUUAAGAUUUACAGAUAUUCUUGUAGCUGAUCGUUGUUAUUAUGAAGCAGGCACUGAAUUACAAAAAAUAAAAUCUUACAGUGAAGCAUUGGUAUUUCUUAAUCAUUUUCUAGAUUUAGAAGAAUGUAUAGAAGAAGGUAAUGGAAGUAUUCUCGAAAUUGAUGAUUUAAGAAUUACCGAUUUCCCAUUAGAAGUUCCACUUCCCAGUAAACCAAGUUUAUCUGAAAAAAAAAGAGAAGAAGUCAAAGAAUGGAUUCUUUCUGUAUCGAUAGAUCGAAAAAUCGAACAAGGUCUUCCAACUGAUCAAAGAGGAGUCUAUAUAGGAUCUUUGACAUGUCCGGCUAAUGGAUCAACAGCUUUACAGCCAUGUGCAUUGACUGGAUAUCCGAUACGAGGAUCUUUAAUUAGAUUUGAGGGUAGCAAUCGUGUUGUUGAUCGAGAUGACUGGAAUAAAAUAUUGAAUGCUGCAAGACAAGCUCCAUCAGAUUCCCCACUUAAUGAUGUAUUAGUGUUUAUACAAGAAUGGUGUGGUACUUUACCUGCUUAUUCAUUUUAACUAUAAAAGUACUUUAUAUAAAAAAAUUAUUAUUUAAAUUUAAUUUCAGCA